AUGGGCACUUUAAGCUUCCACUACCCAAAGGUGAAUCACUUCACCACCGACCUGGCAGACAUUUCCCCCAAGCUGCUAACGGACAUCUUCAUGCCCGUCCUGAUCUUCAGCAGUGCCUUCGAGAUCGAGUCGCACACCUUCAAAAGAUCCCUCUCACAAGUCCUUCUCCUGGCUGUCCCUGGUUGUCUCCUCACUAGCUCCUUGAUAGCAGUGCUGGUAGUGGAAGUUUACGCCUACGAGUGGAACUGGUACAUUGGCAUGAUGUUUGGGUCCAUUGUCAGCACCUUUGAUUGCUUCAUAACUUCCAGUAUACUCCGCAAGUCCGGUACGUCCAAGGCGCUCAUCCUGAUUAUGGAAGGAGAGUCGCUGUUCAGCGAGGGGACAUCCUUCAUCGCGUUUGAGUGUUUCAAAAACCUGGACGUGAAUCUCGCUGACUUCAACGUAAAGUCGUUCAGCGUCAAGCUGAUGUUGAAGGUGUUUGGAAGCCCUCUCCUGGGCUUCAUCAUGGCAAAACUCAUUAUGUUCUGGCUGUCGUACAUCUUUAAUGACGGACUGAUCGAGAUCACCAUAAGUCUCGCCAUGACAUACAUCACAUUUUACAUCGCUGAGUGGCUGGGCAUGGCGGGGGUGAUCUCGGUCCUGACCAUGGGCCUGCUGCUUGACACGGUCAACUUCAGCCCAGAGAUUGAAGUGUUCCUCUUACGAUUUUGGGAGACGCUGACCUACCUGGCCAACACCCUCAUCUUCUUCAUUGUGGGGAUCGUGAUCGCCAAAGCCUUUCAGCAAGCCGAACUAAACGACUACAUCAACAUCAUAGUGCUGUACCUCUUCAUGUAUGUCAUAAGGUUGGUGACGGUGCUGUUGUGCUCCCCCCUGCUGGUGAGGAUGGGGUAUGGCUUCAGCUGGCGCUGGGCCGCCGUGUGCGUCUGGGGAGGCACCAAGGGAGCCUUCUGCCUCAGCCUCAUGCUCAUGGCCUUCCAGACAGAAGACAUGAAACUGGUCGUGCGAAACAAGGUGUUGGUGCUGGUGUCAGGGAUGGUGCUGCUGACUCUGCUCAUCAAUGCCGUCUCCAUGCCCUGGGUCCUGCAGCUCCUGGGCCUGUCUGAUGUGUCCAUGCCCAGACGCCAGGCCAUGUACAACGCCAUCCAACGCAUCCAGGAGAGCACCGAGAACACCCUGAGCAUGCUGAAGAUGGACCGCUUCCUGGCCGACUCCAACUGGGAGAUGACAAAGAUCACGGUCCUCAUGGAAGACCCCUACAAGACCCCCGGUGACACGGUGGAAAUGGAGGAGUUCAGCCCGAUGUCCAGGAUGACCACGUGUCCUGACUGUGACAGGAGGAUCUCCUACACCCCGGCCCCCCGCGAGCUGGAGGACAUGAUGGAAGAGGCUCGCAUACGCAUCCUCAAGGCCCAGAAGAUGAGUUACUGGAAGCAGUACAGCUCUGGGAUGCUCAACCGCCAGGCUGCAAGGACCCUGAUCAACACAGUGGAGAAUGUGACGGAUCAGAAAGGGAAGUUCAUGGGCGUACAGGACAUCCAGAAGCACUGGGAGCUGAAGGGCGUGUUCAUAACCGUAAAGAGGAGGUUAGAAGACUGGCUGUACCACAAGGUGGAGAAACUGAAGCCGCCCCGGCACCCCGUGCUCCGCUGGUGUUACGACGUGGUGUUCAGCGUGCCCUUCGAGUACUCUAUCUACAUGCUGAUCCUGUGCAACAUCUUCAUCAUCGUCCUGGAGUUCGCGCCUUCCCUCGGCCAAUACGAGUUUGAGAUCUCUGUGCUCAACUACCUGUUCUUCAUUGGCUAUGCUUUGGAGGCCACCUUCAAGGUGCUGGCCAUGAGGACAGCUUACUUCUUUGACCCCUGGAACCACCUGGACGUGGUGGUGAUGAUCCUGGCCCUGGUGGACAUCAUCGUCCAGGACAUGGUGGACAGGGAGGACCUCCACACCCUCAGUAUCGUGUCUUCCUUCAAGAUGCUGCGCAUCCUUCGGGUCUUUCAUCUGACCAAGGUUCUGAUCCCCAAGAUGAUCGCCCUCACCAACCUCCAGAUCCACAAGCAGCUGAGCUUUGGCUACGACAUCGGCAAGGGCUACGUGGUAGGAGAAGAGGCUGUCGGCAGGAUCAUAGACCACAUCUCAGACGACUUUAGCAUCUCCCAGAGACUGAAAGAGAUUGUAGAGACCAACAGGCAGGAUGCAACCAGGGAGAUGGGAAUGCUACAGCGAGACUAUCCAGAGAUCGCCAUCUCAGUGAAGACCAGACAGGCCAUCCGGUCUGUGCUGAACAACGAGAGAGAUGCCAUUCACACGCUCCUGUCCGGGGGCCUCUUAGAUGAGACCGAGGCGGCAACACUGAACAAGACGAUCGAGAUCAAGAUGAAGAAGUUGAUCAACUUCCCCCCCACCAUCCCCGCGCCGACGGCAGAGGACCUGCUUCAGAGCCUGCCCUGGCUCCACCUCCCCGAGGAGAUCGCCUUCAUCCGGAGAGUGGCCAAGCUCCUGUACUUUGACUUUGGGGACACCAUCAUCGAGGAAAAGGAGGCUCCGGAGGGGAUCCACUUCAUCGUCUCUGGCAUGGUCAAGACCACAGGCACCAAACCCAGCCUGGGAGGGCCAGUGGACCGGGAGAGCCGUGUGACAGACUACAGGGGCCCUGGGUCCAUCCUGGGGGAGCUCAACUGUCUGACCCUGCAGCCUACAGAGGCCACCGUCAUCUGUGAGACCGCCACUCAGACGUGUUUCAUAGACAUCGACUCGCUGUUUGAAGCGUUUGACCUGUUUCGCGUUCACCCGUCACUGGAGUAUAAGAUCUGGCACUCUCUGGCCAAGAAGAUCUGCAUCAGCACCUUUCAGGAGCAUAUCGACUACCAGGGGUGGAGCUACCACCGAAUCUGCGACUACCUGUCCCACGCCUUCCUGGUGGACCUGGUGAUAAACGGGAAGCGUAUGGUGUACGACGGCAACAUGGAGGACGUGGUGGUGGUGUACGGCAGCUGUGACGACACGCACACGCUGCGGAUCUCCUAUGUCGCCCCCGCGCUCAUCGGCAGGAGCACGCACGAGAUCGUGGGGAAAUCCGGCAUGACCAAGCUGAUGAUCAUCCCCAGCCCGGUGAGGAAUGACCGAGGCUCUCAGCACUGCCAGAGACACGCGGCGAUAAGGAAAGGACACGGCACCAGAGGUACGGUCGAGCAGCGUCCAGGUGAGCAUCCUCCUGAAUCGCAACACCACACCUGCUCCCGCUACACCUGCUCCCGCUACACCUGCUCCCUCUACACCUGCUCCCUCUACACCUGCUCCCGCUACACCUGCUCCCGCUAG